AUGUAUGUGAAAUGGGUUGAAACAGCAAUGUUUUACUAUGUGAUUUUAGUGAAUUUAGUGAAUGUAAUUUUUUGUCAUUUUCAAAUUUCCCUCCGUUCCAUCCCCGUACGUCCCGACGUCGCAGGGAACGGAACCCAGAUGACAGAUGCCGGCAUCCGCCGGAGGACAUUACAGGGGACACUGCAGGAGGGACAUUGCGGGAGCGCAAGACAAGGUAAGAGGAGAAAAGAUCCCGGAGCAGCGCCGCAUGGUAAGCCUGAGUGUAGCUUGGGGUUACCGCUUUUGCUACACUCGGGAAUACCGCCAGGGAGGCUA